AUGACAGGCAAUAUCGAAGAUAGCAAAUGGUUUCGUGAAGUGAAUCCUGGUUUUUGGCCUGGACAAGCUUUCUCAUUGGAAAUUGACGAAGUUCUUCAUCGUCAACGUUCAAAAUACCAAGAUAUCCUAGUUUUUAAAAGCAAAACUUAUGGAAAUGUUCUUGUUCUCGACAACUGUAUUCAAUGUACGGAACGAGAUGAAUGUGCCUAUCAAGAAAUGCUUGGACUUUUACCAUUGAUGGCACAUCCGAAUCCGAAAAAAGUUUUGAUUAUCGGUGGUGGUGAUGGUGGUGUUCUUCGUGAAGUUGUCAAACAUCCACAAGUGGAACAAGCUGUUCUUUGCGAAAUAGACCAAGAUGUGAUUGAUGUUAGUAAGAAGUAUUUGCCCGGUAUGGCACAAGGUUUUUCUAGUCCGAAAGCAGUGAUUAAUGUGAGUGAUGGAUUCGAAUACCUGAAAAAUAAUCAACAACAAUUCGAUGUGAUUAUUACGGAUUCAUCUGAUCCUGAAGGUCCAGCUGAAUCUCUCUUUCAAGAAUCAUUCUAUUCUUUACUGAAAUCAGCUCUUAAACCUCCACAUGGAAUUAUUUGUUGUCAAGGUGAAAGUAUUUGGCUUCAUUUAAAUUUAAUCAAAAAAAUUGUGACAUUCGCACGUGAUAUUUUUCCAACAGUUUCAUAUGCAUUUGCAUCAACACCAACUUAUCCAAGUGGCACAAUUGGUUUUCUUAUCUGCAGUCUUGAAAACGACAAAAAAUUAAACGAACCAAUUGAUGAAAAACUCAUUGAUCAAAUAGACACACGAUUCUAUACAGGUGAUAUUCAUCGUGCUGCAUUUGCAUUGCCUGCCUUUGUUCGCAAAGCACUCACCUCCAACUGA